AUGAAGGGAACAAUCGUUGCGGCUGCGGCCAUCCUCGCCGGCGGCGCGAGCGCGAACAGAGUUCACCACCGUCACCUUCACCAGCCCUUGUUCGAGAAGAGGGUUCACAACGACACCGAGAUCUGUGUCCCCGGCUGCACCACCAUCUGGACCACCAUCACUGGUCCUGCCGGCCUCUACACUCCUCCCGCCACGGCCGUUCCUACCACCUCCUCGGUCAUCACCACCAGCGAGGCCCUCCCCACCCUCUCCUCCUCCUCGUUGGUCUUCUCCAACACCUCCUCGAUUGCGGUCCCUAGCACCACCGAGGUUGUCGUGGUCCCUACCACCACCUCCCAAGGCCCCAUCACCGUGCCCACCCCGAUCCAGCAGACCUGCCCUACUCCGGGUACCUACACCUUCCCCGCCACCACCGUGGUCCUGACCGAGACCAAGACCGUCUGCGGUGCCUCCUCUACCGUUGUUCCUAGCGGUACCCACACUCUUGGUGUGUCACCACCGUCGUCGAGACUUCCACCUUACCGUUGUCUGCCCCCGUCGCCUACCACCAAGACUGCCGAGAAUGGUGUUGUUACCAGCGUCGUUGAGCUUACCACCUACGUCUGCCCCAGCGCUGGUACCUACACCAUUGCUCCCAUCACCACCACCGUCACCGACAGCGAGCCCGUCACUGUUGUGGUCCCUGUCGUCGAGACCUACUGCCCCGGCACCUACUCUGCUCCCGCCGUCGUCACCACCGUCACCGAGACCAACGUUGUUGUCUACUGCCCCUUCACCGCUGUUGAGCCUCCUGUUCCCUCGACCCAGGCUCCUGAGCCCACCUCCGAGCCCACUUCCGUCGUUGCUCCUCCUCCCGUUGUCUCCGUCGCUCCCCCUGUCUCCGAGGUCAAGCCUUCGGUCACUUCUUCCUCUGUCGCCCCUAAGCCCACCGCGCCCACCAGCAACCUCGGCGGCAAGGGUGACAAGUGGGCCAUGACCUACACUCCCUUUACCCAGGACGGCCAGUGCAAGCCCGCUGCCGACGUCAUGACCGACAUCAAGGCCAUUGCCAAGGCUGGCUUCACCACCCUCCGUGUCUACUCUACUGACUGCGACACUCUCCCCAGCGUCGGUGCCGCUGCUGAGGCCACCGGUCUCCGUCUCAUUCUCGGCAUCUUCAUCGGCACUGUCGGCUGCGAAAACGGCUCUCCCGAUGUCUCUGAGCAGAUCGCCGCCAUCAAGUCCUGGGGCCGCUUCGACAUGGUUGACCUCGUUGUCGUCGGUAACGAGGCUCUCUUCAACGGCUUCUGCUCCGUUGGCCAGCUCACCGAUCUCAUCCACCACGUCAAGUCUGAGCUUGGCAGCGCCGGCUACUCUGGUCCUUACACCACCACCGAUGUCGUCUCUGCUUGGCAAGCCAACGAUGUGAGCUCCAUCUGCAACGCCAUCGAUGUCGUUGCCUGCAACGCUCACGCCUACUUCAACGCCAACACUUCCCCCGAGCAGGCCGGUACCUUCGUCGCUGGCCAGCUCGAGAUUGUUGAGAAGAUCUGCAACAAGCCCGGCUUCGUCAUGGAGACUGGCUGGCCCACCGCCGGUGAGUGCAUUGGCAAGGCCUGCCCCGGUCGCGAGCAGCAGAGGACCGCUCUUGCCGCCAUUAAGCAGGAGUUGGGCAAGAAGGUCGUCUUCUUCUCCUUCACCGAUGACCACUGGAAGCAGCCCGGCUCUUGCAACUGCGAGCAGCACUGGGGCUGUGGUGAGAUCUUCGGUGCUCAAAUCUAA